AUGAUUUUUGGUAAGGGGAAGGAAUCCGUCUCAGCCUCUACAAGUUUUGUACAUAAUUAUUGGGCAUCAUUUGUCUCUUUUCAUUCAUACCCAGAGGUUGACUCAAAAAAUAAAGGUAAGAGACAGGUGGCGGGAUCAUGUUCUACUCCUAAUCCUUCAAAAGUUCAGGUGAUAUGGCAACUCCCCCCUUUGAACUAUAUAAAGACUAAUGUUGAUGCAAGUUUUGUGGAGAGCAUUAGUGCGGCGAGUGUGGGGGCGGUGGCAAGGGACUCUUCUAGGAGGGUCAUAGUCUCCUCCCAUGGGAUUUCAUUGGACUUUGUAAAAAGCGUGGAGGAGGCAGAGCUCCGUGCUUGCAUUGCCGGUCUUUAUAUAGGUAUUACUCUACAAAAUCCAAUAAUCUUAGAAACUGACUGUGCGUUUGUGGUGGCGACCUUGGAAAAUGAAAAUUUUGACAGGUCAUCGUUGGUGGAUUUGAAGAAGGAAGCGAUGAGUAUCUCCAAGCUUAUAUCUAGUCUUAGGAUCUCCAAGAUCAAUCGCUCGGCCAAUGUGAUGGCCCAUAUAAUUGCUAAAUUUAGCUUUGAUAAUAGACCAGAUGGUAUCUUAGUUAGUGGUGUUCCGCCCUGCGUGGUGAAUUUUGUAAUGAGUGAUUGUAAUAAUUAUGUUGGUUAA